AUGCACCACCACGCUGCGAUGAACGACGAUACCAACCCCUCUCUACCAGCACCACGACGACAACAACAAUCAUCCGACCCUCCCACCCGCAUCCCCAUCCCCAUGACCCCGGACCCCAACGAUCCCAAUGACGACACUCCCAACUGUCCCAACCGCCCUCGUUCUACCCCCAUGAAUGUGAACCCGGACCCUAACGACAAUCCCAACGAUCCCAAUCCCAAUCCCAAUCCCCCAUCACCACCGCCGCCGCCGCUGCCAUCGUCGUGGCCCCUCCCCCUCGUCGCCGAGGACUCUGGCCCUUUCGGUGCGGGGAAUGGGUACUAUCUGUCGAGCGGGGAGGACGACUUGCACGAUGGGUAUGAGGAUGGUGGUGGUGGGGAGGUUGGGCAUGAUGGGCAUGAUGGGGGUGGAGGUGGGAUGUCACGCGAGGGGGAGGAUGAUGGAGAGGAAGAGCGGCGUUGGGGGGAUGAGUAUGAGGGCUGGAUCGAGGGCCAGCGGGAGCGGGCGGGCUUUGAGGAGAGUGUUGCGCGGGGGGUGGGUGGUGGGGGUAGUGGAGAAGGUGGAGGGAGGGGAGCUGCGUGGUGGUUCUGCGUGCUGGUGGGGUUGGCGAUUGUGCUGGGGCUGAUGGUCGCCGCUGCUGUGUGGUGGUAUGGAGGUUGGGAUCUAGGUGGUGAUGGUGAUGGUGAUGGUGAUGGGGAGGGGGAAGAAGGGGAAGAAGAGGAAGAGGGCGAGGCAGACGAACACCAACACCACGAAGCCCACGAAGCUCCUGCCCGACCCCAUGAACAAGACCGGCCCCCCAACGUCGUCGACCCCGCAGAACCCGCAAACGAACCGCUCCAUCUGGCACUCGCACAUCUCCCACUAAACGAAGCACUCAACGCCCCAGUCAACAACGCCCCAGCCAACAACAACGAAGUCCACGAAGCAGAGCAGCCUGCACCCGCCGCUGCACUCCCACCCCCACCCACGCCAACGCCAACGCCAGCGAAAAAGCGGCGACGCGGCCCUGUUUCGGACCGCGAGCUAAGGGCGUUGGGGAUUCCGAUUCCAGAGGAGGAGGAGGAGGAGGAGGAGGAGGUGGAGGAGGAGGAGGGAUAG